CCAAGCUAUCAAAUUCCAAACCAACACAAACGCUGCUAAUUAAUUAUUAGUUUCACUUCAAUGACUCAAAGGGAUCGUCGCACCCUAUCAUUCCCGGCGGUUCACCCAUGCGAAGCCAUUUCUCCGCCGACACUUGUCACCUCUCUAAUCACUCUCUCCCAAUCCAUAUGCAAUUUCCAACCCCAAUCAUUCCCCACCCAACGAAGGAACGCCAGGGAAACAAUACGCCAAAUAAGCAUUGUCUUAAUGUUCCUUCAAGAAAUUCGACUAAUCCCCAACUCCACUAUCCUCUCUUUGGCGGAACUCCACUUCACCUUACAAAAAAUCCACUUUUUAUUGCAAGAUUGCACCCUCCAAGGCUCGCGCCUCCUCCUGCUCGCCAAAUCGCAACACGUAGCGUCCCUGUUCCCCGCCCUCCUUCGCUCCGUGGCCACCUCUCUGGACGUCUUGCCUCUUCACCAGCUCCACUUGUGCCCCGAAGUCAGGGAGCUGGCCGACCUUGUUACCAAGCAAGCCAGCAAGGCCAAGUUCCAGCUGGACCCCAGCGACGCACGUGCCACCAAAACCCUCCACACGCUUCUGCGCCAGUUCUCCAUGGGCACCGAACCUGACCUCACUUCCAUGCAGGGAAUCCUCCACUACCUCCAAAUUAGAACCUGGACAGAUUGCAAUACGGAGAUUAAAUUCUUAGAAGAAGAAAUCACCUUAGAGUGCCGCGACCGUGAAGAAAAAGAGGUUCCCUUACUUAGUAGCUUGGUAGGGUUCUUAUGUUACUGCAGAGGAGUUAUUUUCGAAACUAAUCAAUCCCAAGGAAGAUGCAGCACGGAGAUGACAUCGUUAAACUUAACCCUGUUGACGUCCGUUAAUCCAGAUGAUUUCCGUUGCCCUAUUUCUCUCGAGUUGAUGACGGAUCCGGUCACUGUGUCAACAGGUCAAACCUACGACCGAGCCUCUAUUCAGAAAUGGCUCAAAGCCGGGAACACAAAAUGUCCCAAAACAGGGGAAAAACUAACAAACACGGACUUAGUUCCCAACACAACGCUCAAGAGACUCAUCCAACAGUUCUGCGCCGACAACGGCAUUUCCGUCGCUAACUCCUGUAACCGUAAAACCAACACCGUCUCAGCAGGUAGUCCCGCGGCGGCACACGCGAUUCAGUUCCUCGCGUGGUUCCUCACGCGCAGGCUAGCAUUCGGAACCCAAGACCAGAAGCACAAAGCCGCGCAGGAGAUUCGCUUUCUCGCCAGAACCAGCAUUUUCAAUAGGGCGUGUUUGAUUGAAAUGGGAACAGUGCCUCCUCUGAUUGAACUUUUAGCCUCUGCAUCGAACGAUAAUAAAUCCACGCAAGAGACUACAAUCUCUGCUCUACUGAAGCUCUCUAAACACCCGAAUGGACCCAAAAACAUCAUCAACAGCGGGGGCCUAACCGUAAUUCUCUCGGUGUUAAAAAAUGGACUUAGCCUUGAAGCUCGUCAAGUCGCGGCUGCUACAAUAUUUUAUCUUUCUUCGGUGAAAGAAUUUCGCAAGUUAAUAGGGGAAAACCCUGAUGUCAUUCCGGCUUUGGUGGAGUUAGUUAAAGAAGGAACAACCUGUGGGAGAAAGAAUGCUGUGGUUGCUAUUUUCGGAUUACUUUUGCUUCCUAGGAAUCAUCAAAGGGUUAUCGCUGCUGGUGCUGUUCCGGCGCUUCUUGACAUUAUAGCUUCUUCGAAUAAGGACGAGCUUGUGACUGAAUCUUUGGCGGUUCUUGCCGCGCUGGCGGAGAACGUUGAUGGGGCGCGUGAGAUACUGCAAGGUUCGGCGUUGCGGUUGAUUGUAGGGAUGCUGCGAUCUGCCACGUCACGCGAGGGGAAAGAGCACUCUGCUUCGAUUUUGUUGUCGCUUUGCGUCAAUGUUGGAGCGGAGGUUGUGGCGGUUCUCGCUAAGGAGCCUUCGUUGAUGCCUUUGCUUUAUUCGCUUCUCACGGAUGGAACUUGUCAUGCUGCAAAGAAAGCGCGGUUUCUCAUCAAGGUCAUACAGGAUUUUCACGAGACUAGAAGUGCUGGACUCAAGGGUUCCUCGCUUCCGCAGGAACGCUCGCUUCACGUUUGGUGAUUGUUGAUCAAUCAUGACUAAGAAUUUGGAAUCUCUUCCCUUUCUGUGAAUAUGCCAAACCUUAUUUAUUUUUGUGUAAAUACUAAAUACUAAAUACUGUAACACAUGACAUUAGUUUUUUUUUUUUUUGUCACGUUUUAGAUUUGUGAAAUUAGCUCUGUGCUUGUUUUUAUCGCCGGCUAGCUAAUUUCAAUAAGUGAGGCUUUUAUUUAGCUCACACUCCGAAGUGGAAUUUUUCGUUUAUCUCUGUCUGGCUAUGAAUUGAAUUGUUGUGUGAAAUUUAGACGAUGGAAUUAUAUGUUUGGAUUUCUUCAUUUUUUUUUA